GCCUUCCGCCCCCGUCCCAGUCACCCGGCUCUGCGGCCACCCGCACUAGGAGCAGUCCGGGCGGCGGCGCGAAGGUUUUCGCCAUGUCUGCGGCCAUGAGACAGAGGUUCGACCGGUUUCUGCAGGAGAAGAACUGCAUGACCGACCUUUUGGCCAAGCUCGAGGCCAAGACCGGCGUGAACCGGAGAUACUUCGCGCUCGGUGUCAUCGGGCUGGUGGCUUUGUACCUGGUGUUCGGUUAUGGAGCCUCGCUCCUCUGCAACUUGAUAGGAUUUGGCUACCCAGCUUACGUCUCAAUUAAAGCCAUAGAGAGUCCCAACAAAGAAGAUGAUACCCAGUGGCUGACCUACUGGGUAGUGUAUGGUGUGUUUAGCAUUGCUGAAUUCUUCUCUGACCUCUUCCUGUCAUGGGUCCCCUUCUACUACAUGCUGAAGUGUGGCUUCCUGUUGUGGUGCAUGGCCCCGAGCCCUUCCAACGGGGCUGAACUGCUCUACAAGCGCGUCAUUCAACCCAUCUUCCUGAAGCAUGAGUCCCAGGUGGACACUAUGGUGAAUGACUUGAAGGACAAAGCCAAAGAGACUGUAGAUACCAUCACUAAAGAAGCCAAGAAGGCAGCGGUGAAUUUACUAGGUGAAGAAAAGAAGAGCACCUAAACCACUGACUGGAUGAAACGUUUCUGCCCUCGCUGUAUCUUCCUGUUAGCGCUUGGUGUUACAUUAGGGACUGUGGUAUAAUCAUUUUAAUAAUGUUGCCUUGGAAACAUUUUUGAUAUAUUAAAAAAAGGAAUGUGUUGUUUUUUUUUUUUUUUUGCUUUUGUCUACAUAGAUAGGGAGCACUUAAAUUUAAUGCAAUGGGCAGUGUCCACAUUUUUGGAAAAUAUAUUUUGCCUCUGGGUAGAAAAAGAUAGGUUACCAUUCUGCAGGAAAUACAGACUUGAAAUUAUAUAUUCCAUUGGCUUUGUGCUUCAACAGGCCCUCUCUGCAUGCAUUUUCUCUGUACUUCCAUUUUAGGAUAAUCUUUAAGGUUCUACUUCAUGUAAUGUACAAUUUUGUAUUAAAUGUUUUUAAUGUAUUUGUGCAUACAUAUAUGUAGGGAAACGGUACUGUCUGAUUGUGACAGGUAUAAUGCUCAUGGGGAGCACCUGCCACAAGCUAAAGGCUCCGGUGUGCUGGUGUGAUCUGAUAAGUAAGUCUUCAGAAAAUUAAGGCAAAUGACCGAUAUUUCCAAUGAAUAGUUAAGUGAUCAGUGAAAUUGACUGGGGGCUGGCCGGGUUGUUCGAACACUGCAGCAGCUGAAUAUCAGAAGAGCUGUGUUUAGCAGUCACUUUAGUGAUAAAUGGGGGAAAGGUACCCAUACACCAGAAUACACAGCUCCCAACUCCCUGUAGAACUAGUAAUAGUGUCUUGUGGCCUUUCAAAAAAUUUGUUUAUGGGCUUUAGAUUUGUCUGUUUUUAAGACGCUAUAAUGGAAACCAUCCCUGGUUUCUCCUUCAGAGCUGAGUAACGUGUUGGUUUUGUCUUGUUUUUUUACCUAGUCUUUUUUAAAACCAGUUUAAAGAAUCCCUAGACUUGCCCACCUUUGAUUACAUGUAUGUUCUUUGUAUCAUGAGCAGUUACGUGCUAAUGACACCAGGCUCUGAGAGCAAUUCUGGGAAAAUGAAGGAUGAUAGAGCCUGUUGUCCAGUUAGCAGUGAAGUCAGACUGCCUUCACCUUCUUUCUCUGGCCUUUAAGGUCCAGCGCUAGAGGCCUCCCCAGUUUACAAGUCCGAAUCAUUUGUGGUCCAUUUGAAUGCUUUCAUCUUUACACUUCGUUUUGAUAAACUGCAGAUAACUAUGUAGUUUAAGUAUAGAACAAAAAGUUAAAACUAAGAUUUCCAGCUUGAUCAGCCAGCUUAUAGGAACCUGGACGACUUGUCUGGAUGAGAAAACCCGAGCUUCACACCAACAAUAUUGCUAGGAUCCUUCUGAAUUAGAGUACACUGACUAAAAUAAAACUGAGUGUAACAACAUGAACAAGUUUAAAUAUCCAGCCUGUAAAAUACCCUUUAAGGCAAAAAGAGAGGAUUAGUUCUCUUUUGGAUAACAGGUAAGACCGUAAUGAAAUCUCUUGAUGUAAAAUAUAUCAAAGACAUCAAAAAUUAGGGACACUAUCACCUAAAUAUGAUAAUAUAGAUUAGAGCAUUUAUUCUUCCUUGCAAAACCAUGGUAAUCAUAAGGCAUUUUAUUAAACUUACCUUUAAGAAAAGAAAAACUUUUAGAAAAACAAGAAACUAAUGGUUAUUGGGAGAAAAAUCAAGCCUUAGAUUUAAAAAAAGCCAAAAACCUCCAGGAGUAUUCAAAUCCCUUUCCCUUAGGAAAUUACACUUCUCUUGGUGGCAGAAGAAUGAAAAUCAGCAACUUCUAUCAUACAGAAUAUGUAACUUUCAGUAUACAAAACAUUUAUCAUGCAAGUUGGGGAAAUACAAACGUUACUCUUGCUCAUAACUUCUUACAGGCUGAUACCAGCAUAAAAACUACUACAGUAAGAAAAUAUAUUGUGAAUGCAAUUUUUCUUUGUCUUUCUGGCUUUUCCCUGUAGUGUAUUCUGUAAGAAACUUAAGUUACUAUUUUUGGCAGUCAGGGUGUACAUAUUAAUGACAGGAGAAGUUAAUGAAUGAGUUGAGCAAUCCUGUCCCAGUUUAGAUUUCCCAAAGAACACAUUGCCAUGGCUAGAGUGUUUGGAAAACUGAUUGAGUCUGUGUAUAGCUAGAAGAUAAGCAUUUAUUGGUAGAUGGUGUUUUGGGGAAAGUAAAGUCUGAGAAUCUCCACAAUUCUUCCCCUACUUGAAAGCUUUCAGACCAAUAGUUACUGCUGCUCUGGGAGAAGCUUCUACCCACAGCCUGAAGGCAAUGAGCAUAGCUUUCAAAUAGGUUGCCACCUAUCCUGAAGAUGUGAUAUAUUAAAUGGAAAUGGAUGUAAAUAAAAUUCCGUUAUCUCAUU